AUGGCAUUGAUUAAUGAGAAAUCUUCUCCUGAUGCAAAUGCUAAUAUGUCAGGUAUGAAUCAAAACUGUUAUAGCGAGUCAAGUAGCUUUGGUCAUUGGAGUUGUUCCAAUGCAGUGUUUAACUGGUUUGCUUCUAGAUCUACAACUUCUAAUAACCUAAAAGAUGGUUGGAUAAUUGAUUCCGGAGCAAACCAACACAUGUCUCUGUCUGAUAAGAAUAUGUAUAAUUGUGUGGAUGUUACUCAUUUGAAUCUUACGGUUGGGCAUCCUAACGGAACUAAAGCUAAAAUAACUAAGAUAGGAGAUUUAAAACUUUCUCCAAAUGUGAUUUUAAAUGAUGUGUUAUUUGUUCCUGAAUACUCUGUUAACUUGCUUUCUGUGCACAAACUAUCUAGAGAUAGACUUAAAGCAAAAGAAAACAAUGAUGAUUGGUAA